AAUAAUUCGGUGGCAUCGAAACGCCUUUCAGUUUGUGCCUCACGCUGCUCCCAAAGGCAGCUCCGUCUCGGGCUCCAGUCUUCCCUCUCUCUCACACUUCCUGUCUGUCUGACAGAGACAAAUCUCGCGCGCUCCAGGAACUCCUCUCUCGCCCGCCACCCCUCUUCUGCCCAACCCUGCGCUUCAUGGUGCCGUGAAUCCGUGUACUUGAGUUGGCAUCGACUGGAUCCUUUCUUGCCUGUGUUGUGUGCUCGCGUGGCGUAAAAUGUCCAGGGAGAGGAAGCUGCAGCUGCUGUCCCAGAUGUCCACCACCGAGCUCAAUGACGCCAUCGACGACAGCAACUUCCCGCAGAGCUCCAGCGCCGCCAAGUGCUCCAACGGCAAGGACGGCGAGGAGUCCAACGGGCUGUGCAAGCGCCGCCACCAGCCGCCACUCAAGAUGGACACCAAGGCGCCCGAGGCCGAGAGGGUGCUGUACAUUCCGGGAACACCACAGACGCCGCGCACCUCCACCACGCCAGGUCAUGAGAAUUGCACGUUUCACCACGACCUGGAGCUGGAUCACAAGCCGCCGACGCGCGAGGCGCUCCUGCCCGAGAUGACGCGAUCCUACCGGCUCCUGCUGACCGGCCUGGGCGAGGAUCCGGACCGCCAGGGACUGCUCAAGACGCCCGAGCGCGCGGCCAAGGCGAUGCUGUUCUUCACCAAAGGAUACGAUCAGAGCCUCGAAGAAGCCCUCAACGGAGCCAUCUUCGAAGAGGACACCGACGAGAUGGUCGUGGUGAAGGACAUCGAGAUGUUCUCAAUGUGCGAGCACCACUUGGUCCCGUUCUAUGGCAAGGUGUCCAUCGGAUACUUGCCAUGCAAGAAAAUUCUCGGACUCAGCAAACUCGCCAGAAUCGUGGAGAUCUUCUCGAGGCGCCUUCAGGUUCAGGAGCGACUCACCAAGCAAAUUGCCGUCGCCGUCACACAAGCAGUUCAACCCGCCGGCGUGGCAGUUAUCAUUGAAGGAGUGCACAUGUGCAUGGUGAUGCGCGGCGUGCAGAAGAUCAACAGCAAAACUGUGACAUCAACAAUGUUGGGCGUGUUCAGGGACGAUCCCAAGACCCGAGAGGAGUUCCUCACGCUGGUCAACACGAAAUAGGAGUGGCAGACACGUGAGGUCCUUCCACGACUCUUCACCAUGACGGAAUUGCCGACGCUUCGCUAACGCGAUCGUCGGAUCAUUUUUUGGGGCCAACAAUUGUUUAUUGUACGCUCUUUCUCCCCCCCCCCCCCUCGUUUAUUUCUCCCUCUUUGUAAGAGUGUUCAACGUGUAUAUGAUGUAAUGCGUGCGUGAGUGAAACGCACGAACAAUCGGCAGGUCGCGAAAUCUUAAGACAAAUGUGCAACAGGUUUAGGGAACAAUUAAAGCAAGAAAACAAAAAAAAACACUAUUUUUCAACUCGAUUUUGAUCGCGAGAGUAAAUUUAUAUAUCCAAUGUUAUUAUUGUAAAUGUUAUACUUGAGAAGCUGUAAAAAAUGUAAAUAAUAAAUUUAUCUCUAUGCCGUUAAA